AUGUCCCAGUUCAGCAGACUCAUCCGCUUUGAAGGCGAAGGGUCUGACGUUGGGCCUUUCUUCGCCGACCUUGGCUCUGACCCGGACACCGCGAUCCCGAGGCCUGGAAUGCAACUGUCUGCGUUUCGCUCCAUCGAGGACCUUGUUGCUGGAAAGGCGGAGCCACAGAUCGUAGGAUUGGGCAAGCUGGCCAUUCCAUCCUACCCGCCUCUUUGGACGAAGCCGGCCAAGUCCAUUGCUGCACCCGACGAGACCAUUCCGAUCAAUGACUUCUGCGCCAAGAGCUUGUUAGACUAUGAGGGCGAAAUGGUCUUCGUCACCUCAAAGGACUGCCGCGACGUGAAGCCCAGCGAGGCCGGGAGCUAUAUCCUAGGCUACACUGUAGGCAACGACCUAUCGUGCCGCAUGUUCCAGCUCCAGAAGAACUGCGCCGGGCAAUUCUUCUUCGCUAAGGCUUUUGAUAAAUUCGCUCCUCUGGGCCCUACAUUGAUCAGCCCGGAGAUGUAUGCCAAAACCCUGAGCCACAAGCUAGUUGUUAAGGUCAACGGCGAAGUGCGGCAAGAUGUUGACCUUGCUGAGGACAUGAUUUUCUCUCCGGAGAAGAUCCUCAGCCAUAUGAGCCAGGGUACCACCAUACCGGCAGGAACAGCCGUAAUGACAGGCACGGGCGCAGGGGUCGGGGCAUUCCGCAAACCGAAGACUUUCCUACAAGACGGCGACGUGAUGGAGGUGCAUAUGGAAGGCGUUGGUACCCUUAGAAACAAGCUCCAAUUUGAGUAA